GAGAGAGAGAGAGUAUGUGUGUUGUCUCAGGAAUGAGGUUCAUAUGCUUGUAAAAGUAUGCUGAUUAAAUUGCUUGAAACUCUCUUACUUUUGGUGUUUUUCAGCAGUAUUUUACCUUCAUCUAUCUAUCUCUCUCUCUCUCUCUCUCUUAUAUAAACCAUCUACCUAUUAAUCUGAAGUUUGCUUUUGAUUUCUGAAAACAUGAGCUAUGAUAACUCUUACCCAACUUAUCUCAAUGCCUCGUGGUCCAUUCUCAACCCUCAUUGUCAAUACAUAUAUUCUGCUUCAUCAUCUUCUUCUUUUUCUUCAUCUGUUCAUCCUCCCUCUCCACCUCUAAAAGAAGCUCUUCCUCUCCUCAGCUUAAGUCCACCAAAAAGACCUAUUUUUUAUCAACAAAACCCUAGUAUAAUCACUGAUGCCUGUAGUACAACCACCACAGCCACAGCCCCUCAUAAUUGCCCUGAAAGUAGUGUGACUGUUUCUUUAAAUCUUGGACUCCCAAGCCUUACACUUUCUGAAGCUGAUCUACUUUCAAGAUUGUCCACCAAUUAUGCUAAUAUAACUGAUAAUCAUAAAGAAGAAGAUAAAAGUUGUACAAACAUGAAUGGGUAUGUUACUAGCACAAUCAACAAGGGUCAGUAUUGGAUCCCUACUCCAACUCAGAUUCUGAUUGGUCCAAAUCAAUUCUCUUGCCAUCUUUGCUGCAAAACCUUCAACAGAUACAAUAACAUGCAGAUGCAUAUGUGGGGGCAUGGAUCUCAAUACAGAAGAGGUCCAGAAUCACUAAGAGGAAGACAACCAACAGCCAUGCUUAGACUACCAUGUUACUGUUGUGCACCAGGGUGCUGCAACAACAUUGACCACCCAAGGGCUAAACCACUCAAAGAUUUUCGAACCCUUCAGACACAUUACAAGAGGAAACAUGGGGACAAGCCAUUCAUGUGCCACAAGUGCGAUAAAACUUUUGCGGUUCGCGGAGAUUGGCGAACCCAUGAGAAGAACUGUGGGAAGCUUUGGUACUGCAAUUGUGGAUCAGAUUUUAAGCAUAAAAGGUCUUUGAAAGAUCAUGUGAAAGCAUUUGGAAAUGGGCAUGGAGCUUUCGAUUUUGUUGAUUGUUGUUUUGAAGUAGAAGAAGAAGAUGAUGAGGCUGCUUCUGAGAUUGAGCAAUGAAUCUAUCUUUGUUAAUUGUACGUUUGAACCAUGUGACUGAGACAUAAAUUGGGUUUUUGAAAGAAAAUUUGUUUGUCACUAUCUAUCUAAAAAUCACUAUUGAAGGGUCCCAAUUGUGAAAUUUGGGUCUUGUUUUUAUUUAAGUU